CAACUGUCCCUCAGUGGGUGGUGCGAGCCUUUCGCGAGCGUGACUGUAGUUCCCUUCAACUGCUUACGUUAAAUACAAAAAGCUAAUCUCUUCUUUUCUUGAAGGUGGAAACGAUUGAAUGACGAUUGAAGACGCUCAUGAUAACGCAAAUGUGUCGAAUUACGUAUAUCUAUUUUUAUUUUCUCUUAUCUUUGUAUGUACAUUAUAAUUUACGUAACAUCUGUUCCAUUUCUGUUGUGUAGAUAUGCAUAUAGAGCCAGCAGCAAUUGUAGCAAAAUGUGUCACGAUUCGUCCACAGUCAUUACAUUGCAACGACGGUAUUAACUCAGAUAAGCGCAUUGCAUUUUAAUUGCGCGAGUGAUACCUAUUAGCUUUGCAAAUUAACGUCAGAGGUGUACGUAAGAAUUUCCACCUUACUUUGUAGCUAGCAAACGUGUAAUGAAAGCAAUUGUCAAGUAUCCUAAUAAAAAAGAUACUUGUAACGACCAACUGUGUAGUAAACAGCGUAAUUAAUGUAAUCACGUUGAUAGUCAUUAGGCAUAUCAUUUCGAAAGUACCUGCUGGUAAUGUAUUUUACGAUAACAUUCCAACACUCGUUAGUGAUAAGUAAACGUUACAUGGUAUUGAAGUUGUUUAAUUUGAAAAUUAAUGAAAAUUGAUGAUUUAAUGUGAAAAUGAAUAAUUUUGAAAAUUUAUUUGUCAUUUUUUAUUUUAUUAUUAUCAGUUUAUUAUUGUCAGUUUUUAUUUUAUUAUUUCUAAGAAACAGUAUUAUGACUGAAAUCUUAUAAGUACGUGUAAAGUCAGAUGUCAAAAUACAAAGAUAUUAAUUUCCUUAAUAUCCUGUUUAGAAAUCGAAAUAUUAAAUGCAUAUUGAGCUUUUUUGUCUCUUUUGUUUGCUUCUGGAAAUGUUCAAAAUGCCGUUUAUAUGCAGUUUAUAAAGCACUGCCAGAGAGACGUGAUAACGUUGCGUGAGCUUCACAUAAUGAAAGGAAGAAACAACAAAUUGACAGGUGGUUUGAUAGUUUCACAGAAAACGAAGCCGCGUAUUCAAUACUUGUUUUCUAAAUAAAACGACACGAACAGUGAUAACAAGUAGUACGCGCAUCAUUAUCAUCAUCUAAUUGAAAAUUAAUUAAUUUCUUUUGUAAUUUUAUUUCUCUCUAAAAGUUACCGUGGCGCUUAUGAAAUAACACUUAAGCUUAAUGUUACUGGUAAUUAUCGCUCAAUUCAAUUUAUCGUUUUACAUAAUUCAAAUUUCUUAAGAUCACCCAUAUAGUCAACGGAAGAAUUAACAGAUUAAUGAAAAACGAUCCCGCUUUGCUAUAAUAGCAUUAGUCGGCGUUGCGAUAAAUCGAAUCUCAGAUUUGAAUAUUCAAAUAUCGGAAUAUCGACAGGUAUACGUAACAAUACAUGGAUAUUUUAAGAAUGAAAAGCUCUGUUAGUCGUAUUACGAACAAUGGUAUUAUUAUUUGUGAAAUCUGUAAAUAUCUAUUACAAAUUUCGCGCGCGUGCGAAAAAAUUUCGAUAUAUUUUCAUUACAUCAAUUACUUUAUUAUUCCAUUAUUCUCCUAAAGUAAGCGACGUUUUUGCUAUUUCACCAAACCGUUGACGAGUGAAAUUUUCCUGAUGUCAGUGAGUCAUUCAUAGCAUUGCACAUAAUGCACAUACUCAGUGUCGCUAAAUGACUCAUUAUCAAGAGACGGAACAUUCAUUGGUUAUGUACCGCCGACGUAAGAUGUUUGGAUUUUUUGCAUCGUACUCACAAACGUUUAUUACAUCAUAUAAAUGAUUCAAGAGCACAUAAUUAUCACAAAACACAAUCCUAACCUAAACCUAUCUCUACGAUUGAGAAUCGCCAGCAUGCAGUUGCUCCGAACUGUCAUCUUUCAUAGCCUGAGCCACGUGUCCCGCCGCCGCGUCUGUCUCUGAUCAUCCAGCGUCGCAGGGCGCGCAGCUUCGGCUGCGCCAGCGCAAGCGAUCGAUAUCCCAGACCGCCGGGGUUUCGUCUGUCCGGCGUGACGUCACGGUGCGCGAGUCGAGUCGAGACGAUGAGGAACGUAGCCUGCCGAGGGUGGCCGAGGUGGCGUGAGCCGCGUUAGCAGCGAGCCGUCGACGCGAACACGGCCCCCGAGCAUCGCCGUCGUUUUGACGUAGUGCUCGCUACGUCGCCCUCGAACGUUCCACGCGGAAGUCGUGCGGCCGCUCGCGACUCGCGUGCGCGAGUUCGGUAAACCUCAUCCUCGCGAGUCUCGUCGAGGUGCCGUUCGGAAACGCCGAAACAACGUCCGCGCGCGAAAGUGACAGCUUCGAGUGGUGUGUUCCAAUCCCCUGGAGAACGUCGGGGGACGUUAUGGUUACACCGCUGAAAAGAUCCCGUAGCUAAACUUUACCGCCUCACUUCCUGGAAGUCAACGCACUACCCACGCCACCAGCAUCGCCUAAACCCAGCGGUUAUUCCUUGCUCCUUACCUGCAACACCAACGGUGUGGACACGUGGAGCCAAGUCGCGAAUCGCAAAAGAUUCAACAACGAGGAAGAGCUCGAGGUUACGAAGGAACGAUAGACGCGGAAGAGUCGAGUCGUGAGAGCUCCGGGCGGGAUAGCCUUUGAUUGUGAUGUGGUGGAGCCCCCCGGGGGGCCGCGGGGGCAGGAGGUCAGAGGCAGAUUGGUUGUGAGGGCAACAAGCACGGCUCGGUUGCCCCGUGGCGAAAUCGCCGGCAGGGAGGAGGAGGAGGUAGGAUGGUGUGACCUCCGGCGUCAUCCCGCCCGACGCGGAGGUGGUGCUGGAGGAGGCGGAGGUGGCGGUGGAGUCGAGCAACUGCCCGACUCGGAGGAGGAGGAGUUGACGGCGAUGUCGAGGCAGUUUCGAGGUGAACGGGACCACGUGAGUCGCGACUACCAAGAGGGCUACCUCGGCGAUUUUCGGGAUCUACGCGACCUCAGGGACUUUAGGGACUUCCAUCGAGAUCCUAUCAGCGACGUCAGAGACGAAAGGGACAGUCAGGUGCCCAGGGAGGGACCUACCACCGGCAGGCCUUACCGAGACGACUAUCCGGAAGAGUACGAUCAUCGUCCUACCGCUGCAUCCACCUCGGCGAACCUUAUCAACAAUCCGGUCGGAGACUAAGAACGGACAGACUUGCCCCUUCGAUCCGUUCAGAUGGCAGAUUGCACUCGCAAGCUCGUCCUCAUCGCAUCUGAUUUACACGGAGCCUGCUCCGAAAACCGGUAACCAGGUUCUCUUCGGGGCUAAUGGAAUUUGACCAAAUGCUGAGAAUUCGAAUUUGGUUCCGUCCGCAUUGAUUAUCGUUUGGUUCCCAGUGCAGUUACUUUAUUAAUCGUUAGCCUGAUGCCGCUUUGUUGUCUCCUCAUAUUAUAUUUUUUAGGAAUUUAGGAAUGGAAUUAUAUUAAAUGUAAACAUUAAAGAUUGGAAUUAAUUUCAAUCUUCCAAGUAUAUG